AUGCAGACCACCGUGCAAAGUUUAGAGAUUGUGAAAGUUUCUAAAAGUCUGUCUGACUUACACGACACUUCAACCAGCAGCCGGCAUGAAAAGAGUUUAGGUCUGCUGACGACGAAGUUCGUUAGCUUGUUACAAGAAGCCAAGGAUGGCGUUUUAGAUCUCAAAAUUGCAGCAGAUCAGCUGGCAGUUAGACAGAAGCGCAGGAUCUACGACAUCACCAAUGUUCUAGAGGGCAUAGGUCUCAUUGAGAAAAAAUCCAAGAACAGUAUACAGUGGAAAGGUUCGGGACCAGGCAGCAAUUCAAGGGAUAUCUCAGAGAGACUGAUCACCCUGAAGAAUGAUCUGGCUGAUCUAAAAGAGCAGGAGUUGGAGAUUGAUAAGCACAAGGAGUGGGUGCAGCAGAGCAUAAAGAAUGUUACAGAUGAGGUUUCAAACACCAGGCUGGCAUAUGUGACUCAUGAAGACAUCUGUCAUUGUUUCAAGGGUGACACACUUUUAGCCAUCCAGGCACCAUCUGGUACACAACUAGAGGUGCCUGUUCCAGAAAUUGGUCCAGGGUUCAAGAAAAAUUACCAGGUAUACUUGAAGAGCCAGAGUGGACCCAUCAACGUUCUAUUGGUGAAUAAGGACACAGACGAAUCAGAGCCAGUUGUAGUGCAGGUCCCUCCUCCUAUGCAGCCAGGAACGAGUUCUGCUGAGGCAGCCAGUGACUCUAAUACUCAGAACCAGAAUCCUGAUCCAGUGAAACAAACAGAUAAGGGCGGGACAGUCACACGAGGAAAGCGAUCUCCCGUAAAGACGCCACUGAAACAAUCUCAGACUGCAACUGUUAUAGAGCCGCCGACCCGCAUGGCCACCCGAUCAUCACCACGGAAGAACACAACAGAUACUCUGCUAAAUCAGCCCUCCACAUCUUCCACAAGUUCAGCAUCAACGACGCCGGUGUCCUCAGAUUUCGGCCUAGGCAUGUUCAGCACUGAUAUGCUGUUUGAUAAAGGAGACAUGGAUCUGUCAGGGGAGUUGCUGGAUUUAGAACAACUGAUGUCAGCAGAUACGCUGACGCCGCUGUUAUCGCUGAGUCCACCUCCCAGUGGCAGAGACUACUACUUCAACUUGAAUGAUACGGAAGGUGCCUGUGAUCUGUUUGACGUGGACAUUUCUAGAAUGCUCUCAUCCUAG